GUCCGAGAGUCCCUCAGUCUCCAGAAAGCAGCUGGGAGUUCAAGAGCCAUGCAAGUGGCACAGAGCCUGUGAACUCUCGAAUGGUAGCUUGCUACUGGGCUGUUCAAGGCCCUGGGAGGUGGGGAUACGGACUCAAGGAGUUUAGGGGAGGAGGCCUUAAUAUCCUGGGACACAAGAGAUGAGUCCAGCUUUAUGGAGUUUUAGAGAGCCAUAGGGAGUGUAAGGAAUCACGGAAGACACCCAGAAUCGGGAGGACUAGACGGAUCUCAACAGAAAACGGAGGCAAACAAAUAAUGGUCCUCAAACAUUAAGGUCAAAAAGUAUAAAGCACUGGAUUUACUACUAUCUGGAGGUAAAGAAAGACAAUCAGUACAGGAAGAAAUCCAAAAGUAGGGAAAGGUGGAUUAAAGAAGCAACCAUGAGAGGCAUAACAUGGAGCAUGGGCAUGAUGCUCUGCCUCUCCAUCUGCGUUUUCUGCAAAAGUUAUUCAGGAAAUGAACUUCUGCAAUCACGGCAACGACGGGCACCUUCCGACGACCCCAAAAAGUGUGCUUACACUUUCUUGGUACCUCAGCAAAAGAUCACUGGUCCGAUCUGCGCUUCUGCCACUGGGCCUCAGCCGGACAAGGAACGGGUGACCCGUAUGGACAUUGCUGACAUGCGGGAGAUCCUUUCAAAGCAGCGGAGGGAGAUUGAGGUGCUGCAACUGGUGGCGGAUGUGGACGGGAACUUGGUAAAUGAAAUGAAGCUUUUGCGCAAAGAGUCCCGUAACAUGAAUUCCCGGGUGACACAGCUCUACAUGCAGUUGCUUCAUGAGAUCAUCCGCAAGAGGGACAACUCCCUGGAACUGGCACAGUUGGAGAACCGUGUGCUGAACGUCACCUCUGAGAUGCUCCGCUUGGCCUCCCGCUACAAAGAGAUGGAGUUGCGUUUCGCAGGCCUUGCUGCCACUGUCAACAACCAAUCGGUGCUCAUUGCUGCACUGGAAGAACGCUGUCUCCGUGGAUAUGGGCGUCAAGAUUUGCCGGCAGUGCCGCCGUUGGUGCAGGUGGUGCCAGAGAGCAUUCCUGCCAACAACAACCGCUUCACCAAUGAGAUUCAGAGAGACAACAACAACCAAGCUUUUCCAAGGGGAACACGGAUGGAUGCCCCAACGCCUGACACAUUGGGAAUCCCACCCCCUCCCCAGGGCACCCUCACCUCAGAUGGGCCAUUCAGAGACUGUUUCCAGGUGCGGCAGGCAGGGCACACUACCAGUGGGAUGUAUCUGUUGAAGGCAGAAGGCAGUGAUGGACUGAUUCAGGCCUGGUGCGAGCAUAAAUUAGACAAUGGAGGCUGGACUGUUUUUCAGCGAAGGAAAGAUGGUUCCGUCAACUUCUUUAGGAACUGGGAAAACUACAAGAAAGGCUUUGGAAACAUAGAUGGAGAGCACUGGCUGGGAUUGGAGAACAUUUAUAACCUGGCCAAGCAGGGGGAUUACAAAUUGCUGGUGGAGUUGGAGGACUGGGUGGGGAAGAAGGUGUACGCUGAGUACAGCAGUUUUCAUCUGGAACCUGAGAGCGAGGCCUUUAGGCUAAGACUGGGCACAUACCAGGGCAAUGCUGGAGACUCGCUCACCAGCCACAACGGAAAACCCUUCACAACACUAGACCGGGAUAAAGAUGCCUUCACAGGCAACUGUGCUCAUUUCCACAAAGGCGGUUGGUGGUACAAUGCAUGCGGUCAAACAAAUCUGAACGGUGUGUGGUACUCCGGUGGUGUGUAUCGCAGCAAGUUCCAGGAUGGAAUCUUCUGGGCUGAGUAUGGAGGAGGGUUCUACUCGCUCAAAUCGGUCCGUAUGAUGAUCAGGCCAAUAGAUUGAUGCCACAACCUUCUACGAGUCUAAAUUCAAACCAAAUGAGUCUAAAUUUCUUGAAUGUACUCAUAAUUCACUUCAGCACUUAUUUAUAAUAACACGUUCAUGUUUAUGAGGACUGAAAAGUAUAGCAAAGUACAGUCAUCAUUGGUACAGCACACAAUACUGAUACAAAUUACUAAAGUCUACUUGUGGUGGAGUGGAAGAUCCUGGGAAAAAAACUUGACUCCUCAUUGCAAACCCUUCAUCCUCACUGCAGUCCCAUUUCUUCUGACUCAUUCUCAUAGCUUGGACAGAUGACAUCAAAGUCUCAAAGGCUUUUAAUCAAAGAUCUUCACAACCAGAUUCAAAACUCCUUUGCCAUACACUCUUUACUGAUAUGUAUCUUUAACAAUAAGGACUGGCACUGGACCUUACUGUUCGCAAGCACCGAUGGCUUUCAGGUGUGAUGUUGGUCUGUAAAUAUACUUCAUGUUUGUACUUGUGUUUUUAAUUUAAGGACUCACCUCCAAUCCACCCUUAUUCAUUUGUUAUUUAUACACAAGUGAUUUGUAUUUAUGACAGCUAUAAUCCUCCAAUCAUCUAUCUAAUCCUCGAUUAUAAUGUGAUAUGCUUUUGUGAUGUAUACAUUUACCCAAAGGGACAAUAUUUCAACUAAGGGUGUUUAUUUUGGUCAUUUUGACAACUCGAGUACUGGACGGAUAUAUCACCCAAGUACUCUAGAUGGAGUGAGUUCUCUUUGUGCUAUUUUUUAUUGUUGGUAUACCUACAUUUCCAGUCAAAAGUCUGGACACACUUGACUAAAUUUAUAUUGCUCAAGAUCUUAAAAACAUUUGAUCUAAAAGCAACCUCUUCAAACAAGUGGACCCGCCGGCGGGUCCAUCAGGGGCGCAAUAUCGCAAAAAUACCCAGCAUACAUUAGUCAGAGAUAUGUGGUAUUGUUUAAAAGCUUAGAAUCUGGACUUUUCGUAGAUAACAAACACUUCUGCAUUUAUGUCACUUAAAAUAACUAAAGAAGGCCUAAAACAUCGGUGUAACAAAUAAGUGCUAUCUAGUGGUCAUGUGAAGUAUGAAUAUGAAUAUAAAAGUCUUUCAAAUAGCACUUAAAUAGACAAAAUCAUAUCUGAUAUAAAUGAAAGCUCUCAUUCUCAGGAAUGCAACUGUUUCUGUUGCCCUAAUACCACAGUUAGAACGAUUUUCAAAAGAAUUACAAAGUGAAAUAUAAUCUCUUUAACACAUCAAAAACAAACAAAAUCUCUUUAUAUCUGCUCUUACCUUAGGCGGUUAUCUUCAAAAUGAGCCAUUUAUACUUGUCUAUAAAUUUGCUUGUGUGAAUAAUCCAAUGUUAUAUCUUAGAUGUCCAGAAUAAAAUAUGCGGUCGAGCUGGAACAGCAUGCCAAAAAAAAUCUAAAUAUAUGUUAAAGGCUAUUGAUGAUAAAAUGGUAUAUAUCAUCUCCAAGGGGUGCUUUCUAAUAAAACUUAGAUUAAAUUGAGCUUCUUGUCCACUCAGAUGCCAAGUUAUUUGAUGAAACAGUGGGGUGGUGCAUGAACUGAAAAUGAGUGUCUAUGGACGAGCACAUCUGUGAGGGCUAAAAUGUGUCAAGAGCGCCACCUAAAUUUUAAAUAUUCAUAUUGUGAUGGAAGGUGAUAGAGGAAAAUACUUUUUUCUAGUUCUUGCUGCCAUAUAGUGGAAUUUAUUUCAGAAAAAUUAGACCGAUUUUUUUACAAUUAGUUCACAGAAUGUGUGAAUGGUGAGCUUUUACAUUUGAGUGUGAAAAACUGCAGAUGGCAGCCCAAAAAUGCCCCAGAGUUGAAGAGGUAAAAUGCUUGAGUCUUGUAGACAAAUAUGAAAUCUCACUAUGCAUGAAAUUCUUUUUAAAACUAAAAAGUUAUGAUAACACUUUUAAACAAGGCUGUAUGUCUUAAAAUGUGUUAAUUACAUUAGUAAACAUGAAACUAACCACAAACUACACUUUCACAGCACUUAUUAAUAUUGGUUAAUGUUCGUUUCAACAUAUACUAGUACAUCUUUUACAUUAAAAGUUGUUAAGAAUUAUUAAACCAACAUUAACUAACAAUGAACAAUUAUAAAUAAAUAAAAUCAACAUUAACCAAGAAUAAUAAAUGCUGUAAAAAUAUUGUUCAUUGUUAGUUCAUGAUACCUUAUGCAUUUACUAAUGAUAACUAAUAUAUAACCUUAUUGUAGUGUUAUCAAUGUUGUUUAAUUAUUAUUAUCAUUUUAUUUUAAUAAAAAAAAUUUUUUGGACUUGAUGGUAAAGGAGGCAGGAUACAUGUGUGCAGCAUACAUGAGAACUCCAAUACUGUUUAAAAGCAUCUCAGGUGGAUACCUCCAGUUAACUGAGAGAAUGAUCAGAAUGUGCAGAGCUGUAAACAAGGCAAAAAGUCCAUACUCCCAUUUGUGUUAGUUGAUGACAUUACUAUUAUUAGAAAAUGUGGAAAACAGUGAUAAUAAAGAAUAAAUAAACUUUUGACUGGUAGUGUAUAUACUAUGUUUUUUUGCAUUAUGUCUUGCUGUUUUUCCAGAGUCUCAUGGCAUGAACAUCAUGUUUUUAGACGACAAGAUAAAAAUAGUUCACAUUUUAAAAACGUGUCUCAAGACCUUGUAUUCUAUUCUAUUCUAUUCUAUUCUAUUCUAUUCAGUCUAACCAUUUCUUAACGCAAGACCAUGUCCUGUGUGUACAGUCUUUAAUCUGCUCCACACACUGUCGAGCUCUGUGACUGAAUGAAAAUCACCCUGUAUGGUGUUGACACUGACACAAAUUGCUGGCCCCCACUAACAAAAUUUCACUGUGAAAUAGGGCUGAAACGAUUAGUCUAAAAUAUCAAUAAAAAAUUGUAGACAAAAAUUUUCGCAUUCGAGUAGUCUUUACAUCAUUUAACGUAACAUGAGAUCACAUUAAACUGAUUAUUAAACUAAAUGACGUGCGAGAGUAGCUCUCGACUGAUUGAGGAGAGUAAAAAUUACACAGCUCACAGUCCAUAUGCACUCUAAACUUUCCAAACAGCUUCAGCUUAUGUAGAUAGUAUGAGAGAAUAAUACAAAAUAAGUAAAUACAGAAGCAUUCUUGUUGAGGAAUAAGCAAAGCCGGAGCUCUUUAAAGGAAAAACCCCAGCGUUACAUCUUAAGUGCUGUUAUAUUUAAUGUGUUAUAGAUUUAUUAAAGUUCAAAUAAUAUGGAAGCAGAUCACGUAAAUAACUACAAACUCCAAAAAAAAUUAUCUGUGCAGUCAGAACCUCUUCUAUUUUGCAACUUCUGAGGUGCGCUAAUGUCCCUAUCUAAGGGGGAGAGAUUGAAACUGCAUUCGGCUGAUCUGCAGCUAGACUAUAACAUGAUGGCUAGCGACUUAUUGCAUCAUAAUGUGUGUCACUGUGCAUUUCUUAUCGUGAAGAAAAUGCCAAUAUGCAGCUUUAUUAAUAAGAGAGAUUUGGGUUUUUUGUGAGUCAAAUAUGGAUUGAAAUUAACAGAAAGGUGAGUGAGGGUAGUCUUCACCCAAUGCUACAAAAUACAUGUUUGAUUAUAUUUUGUUUUGGCUUGUUUUACAAUAUACAUAUCUAAAACUCCUUUAAAACAACAUUUUCUUUAGCAGCUAUACUAGAGAAGAAAAACUUGUUAUCUAGGAAUGUUGAAUAUAAUUUUUCAAAUAUAAAUAUUUGAAAAUAUCUUAAAACCCUUUAAAAUAAAGAUGCAUUCACAUGAGAAGCAUCAUAUAAGAUAUUUAUACUUGCUUUUGGAGAAUAGAUCUUGACUAUAAGUAUAUUUUGUCUUUACUGCACUCACAGAAGUAUUACAAAGUG